AUGCUGCACUUACUUCCAAUUUCGACGCUCCUACUCGUGACACAGGUCAUCGCAUCACCACUCGCACGCAGCGAUUCCAAGCCCCUCCCACUGCUCAUCUGGCAUGGUUUAGGCGACAACUAUGCCGCAGACGGCCUGCAUAGCGUAGGCGACCUCGCAAACGAGACGAAUCCCGACACAUACGUAUACUAUAUCCGCCUUGAUGAAGAUGCUGGAAGCGAUCGAACAGCCACAUUCCUGGGCAAUGUCACAGAGCAGAUUGCGCAAGUCUGCGACGACAUCGCAGAACACGCGGUUUUGAGCAAAGCCCCAGGCCUCAACGCGCUUGGCUUUUCGCAGGGCGGUCAGUUCCUCCGUGGAAUGAUAGAGCGCUGUGGCGACAGAAUCAAAGUCAAGAACCUGGUCACAUUUGGUAGCCAACACAACGGCAUCGCAAAGUAUCAGCUAUGUAAAGACGGAGACUGGCUUUGCAAGGGCUACAUCGGGUUGCUCAAAUCCAACACCUGGGGCGCAUGGGUGCAGGGGCACCUGGUGCCAGCGCAGUACUUCAAGGCCACGAACGAAACGACUGGAGAACCCACGGAAGAGUAUCUCGAAUCCUCCAACUUCAUCGCCGACAUCAACAACGAGAGGGUGUUGAAGAACGUCACCUACGCGAAGAACCUUGCCGCGCUAGACAACUUCGUCAUGUACGUGUUCGAGGACGACACCACUGUCAUACCGAAGGAGUCUGGCUGGUUCGCGUACACCAACACUACCAGCAACGAGGUCACGGAUCUGAGAGAUCGCGACAUCUACAAAGAGGAUUGGAUUGGGCUCAAGAAGCUUGACGAGAAGGGUGGUCUACACUUCAAGACGACCAAGGGCGGACACAUGGAUCUUGGUGAUAAGGUGCUGAAAGAUGUCUUCAAGACCUAUUUCGCACCAGAGAAGACAUUAUGGGAUGGGAUCGUGGAUGAGGUUCAAGAGAUAAUGGAGUUGUAG